AUGACUGACUUUGGAGGCAGCCAUGCUUUCUUUUCGGAAGCGAGACGCAAGACAUUGCGGUCCCGCUCUUCCUGCAACGUGCCGACAGAAGGACUGGCACCUCGCUGUGAAGUGGUGUCCAUAGGAGAACAGACACCACUGUUAGCGCCCAAGUCUCGCGACCUCGAGCGCCUUCGCUUUGGCGAUGGUUCAUCCUAUUCAUCAGAUGAACCAAAGAUGCUGCGACGCAAAGCAUCAUCCAUGCCACGCUUGGCAGGCGGCUUGGUUUCAACCGCUUUCGAUACGGAUCCGUCAUCCGUAUCAGGAGAGUAUGAGACACCGAGCUCAUACUCUGUGAAGACAUGA